GAUAGACGGAGCGGAGGAGUUGUUAGUCGGUCGCUCUAUCCGCCACCGGUUGAAUGAGCUAUGGCUAACAGGGUACUAAAACUUUAAAGAAUACGGAACUGUGAGGACGAGGCUCUGAAUGACACUUUAAAGUUCUUCACUGCUGUUUCUCGGCAGGCUACAAUGCUGCUGACAAUGUUGGGCUCAUGUCUGCUGCGUCAGUGAUGUUUGUGGAGCACACGGCAUGGAAAGGAACAUCGGAGACCAGCUCAAUAAAGCUUUUGAAGCUUAUCGCCAGGUCUCCAUUGAGAAGGACAAUGCUAAAAGGGAGCUGCAGCAAAUGACUGAAUUUUACCAGCAAUACACUCAAAAACUUCAGAAGCAGAUUGAGGACCAGCAGCAGGUGAUCUCUAAACUAGAAGCUAAAUUAUCAGCAACAAGACAACCAUCAGGAGAGAUGAAAUGCGAGCCUUGCAACCAUCUCCUGGAUGAGGCCAGGUCUUAUAGGAAAACACAGUACCCGGAGAAUACAGGCACGGUUGCUGUUACACCUAAUUUGCCUGUAAACAGCAGCGUUGACUUUCAGGACAUGCUGGGCGCUUUUGAAGCGAUUCAAGGGAAAUUCCGGCAGAUUCAGUCGCUAACCAGAAGACAAAAAGAUCAUCUAAAAAGAUUCCAUGGAGGAAAUGAUACGUCGAGCGAUCAGCGGUUCUCCAUGCCCAUCCAGUGCACAGACCGUACAGCAGAGGCAGAGAGACCCUUCUCCACAGCUCUGAGGUCAGCAGUGGAUGUGCCGCUCCCGCCCACGUCUCUGGCAUCUCGUGGCGCCAGCCCAGAGGACCGAGACUUGGUGGACUCUCUCUCCAAACUCAGUGUCAAAUUCCCGCCCCCUGCGGACAGUGAAUAUGACUUCCUGAACAGCGCUCCAGAGAGACACCUCGGUCCGACCUUACCGCUGAAGCGACCUCUCGGUGGCGUGCCCUCCACGCUGACGGAGGAGGAGUCUGUCGAACUGCCCAUGCCUUUUGUCUACCCUCCAUCCCCCUCCCACUCCACAUUGUCCCCGCUCUCCCCAGAGGGCGUGUGGGGACCCCAGCAGCCCCUCUGGAGCCCCGAUCUGAGUGAAGCAGCCGACGUGUGGACAGAGCUGGAGACGCCUCUGAGCAGCAGUCCGGCUAAAUGCGCUUUCUGCAACGCUGUGGUUCCUCAGGACCGAAUGAACGGCCACCUCUACUUGCAUUUUUCGUCUAAGAAUGAAGCCGAAGACUGACACUCGGAGCAGGGACUGAUGGGUAAAAGGACAGAACUACUCCUGACUGAAUUCGAAGUCCUGCCUGCAACGGGUUUCAUGCGCUGUACUGGAUUUUUUAAGAGACACUGCAAUAAGACUUGAAUCAUUUAUUUAAUAUUGAAGAAUUGAAUGGUACACUUUCCUGCCCAUUAUAUUUUUCUAAUAUCACGCUGAGGUUUUACUCUAAUACUGAGUGAAGAUGAUGCAUAAUAUGGUAUAUAUAUAUAUAUAUAUAUGAGCAAAUAAAGUCAACAUUUACUCCUUUUUACCCAAUUUUUUAAAACAUUUUUAUAGAUUUUAAAUGUGGCUAUAUUUAAAAAGAUGCACAUAAGCUGUUCUAAACAUUCCUUUAUGACUUCUUUUAACAUGUUUCUUUAAUUUUAUUUUAAAUCCCAAAUGCAGAUAUAUGUACAAAUGUAAGAAAAAAAUUAAUUAUUUUGGGGAACUGUGCAAAAUUUGCACAAUUUUGCCUAAAUUCCAGCCAUUAUUAACACAACAAUUAAAAACAUUUAAUCAUUCCCUUUAGGUAUCAAAACUGAUCACACAGAUGACUAAGUAAACUGUUUAGACAAACGUUUUUACAGUUAAGAUUUAACUAAAUUCAAAUUAAACUAAACCUACUUUCAAUAGAAAUACUGAACAUAAAAUUUAAGACUUAAAUAAAGGAAAAAUUGAUCUUCUGAUUAUUGGAUUUAUGAUUAUCUAACAUAUCUAAAUAUGAAAGACGAGUGUUGAUUGAUUUUUUUUUAAUAUAAAUUGAUUGAUCUUAAUUGAUGAUUUUCUGUCAUGGAGAAGAAGGAUAAGCAAAAGCUUAAAAUAUAGUUUAAUUCUAAAAAAAAUAAAAUAAGAAGACAAACAUGAAAGGUUGGUUACUCUGUCUUCUGAGAUUGAACAGGGCAGCAGAGGUAAAUCUGUUGUGUCAAGAGUGUCUAAAUAGACCUGUUGUUUUUCCUUUUCUACUCGUAUAAUGAACUGAGAGGACUAUGAUAUUUCUUCUCUAUAUCCAGUGGUGGGUUCAGGUUCUUUAAAUUAAGUUCAAGCUCAGGCUCGUCAAGAAAUUAUGCCAUUCAGAUCAUCCUACUUUGAUACAGUGCAAAAACAAAUCUUAAAGCAACACAGAGAAGCUUCUAUACCUAACAACCAGGCAUGCUCCAAUUACACCUACGGCCAAUUUAGAGUCACCAAUUAACCUAAUGAGCAUAUCUUUGGUGGUGGGAGGAAGCCGGAGAACCCAAACAUGCAAGAGAAGAACAUGCAAACUCUGCACAGAAAGGCCCUGACUGGGAAGCGAACCAGGAACCUUCUCGCUGUGAGGCAACAGCGCUAACCCCUGCCGCCCGAGAUAAACCAUAACAGAGGAAAUCACUCCCACUGGUCAUGUUUCGUUAAUUACAUCAGACUUAAAUGUUUAGCUGAUUGGCUUUAUGUAGUUUUUGUUGUUUUCCAGGGAUCUAAUUAGCUGCCUUGAGUAAAACUUAAACAGACCACUGUCCAUGAAAGACUUCAGAGUAAAAGCAUUCUCUACAAACAAAGGAGUGUCUUCACAGAAUCCACAGAGGACUUUGACUAAGCUGACAAAUAUGCUCUCAAGUUGGCAGAAAAUUUUUCAAACAUGAACAUACUGUAGUUCUCUUGUCUUGCAAAAUUUAAGGAACUCAAAGUAAUGUGUUGAAUCAGCUAGUUUAGUUAUUAAAAUUGCACCCAUUAAUUCAGCAUUUUUUCCCUCAGCAUGACUAGGUUUGUAUUUUUAUUAAAGUGCUUGCUUUCUUAGUCGUACCUGUGACGUUCUCUACCAGUGAGAUAUCAAUAUUUGCUGAUAUGGGGUGAAUUUGGCUCUACAUAUAAUUUUAUUGUCUAUUUUGGUGUAAAGCAUGCCUCUCAUGGUAAAAAUAGGCAAGCUCCAUAUUGUCCCAGAAUUACAUUAGAGUCCCGUUCUAAAGGCGUUUCAUUUCUAACAUCAGGACCUCUGACACGGUCAUACAUUAGCCUCCUUUGCCCUGCUGAUGACAACAUCCAGUCUCAGACAGGGAUGUGUUAUUCUGGAUUAUUGCCGAUAUAGUACACUGAUAUUUCAACAAAUGCAUUUUUGCUUUUACCUGUAUCGAUCCAAAAAUGCAGCACGGACCUCAAACUUUUCCCUCUCUCUCAUCGCUGUUUCUGGCUCUACCCAGGGUCCUAUUUCUCCAAAAAAGCCUCAAAAUGAAUCUUUAAAAAACACUGCAUUAGGUCUAAAUGGGUUAAUGGAUUAACUUCACAUAAUGAGGAUAAAAAGCUGUCUAAGUGGCCUUCCAGGUUAAAGAGUUAACCAGGAAGGCCACUUUUAACCGCUUUUCUCUCAUUGUUCCAUGAAACCAAAACCAAGCUUUACUGUGAAUUAAAUUUUGUUUAUGAAUAAGGAAGUGCAAUAUUUUCUUUUUGCCGAUAUCCAAUAUGGCAGUUUUUACAAAUUGAUUUUAGCCAGACGCAAAUGAAAAUGGAGUUCAGACCUUAAAGUUCAGUCCCUAAAACACACAAUUUAAAAUUUGAGGAUGAACAAAGAAACAAAUUAAAGCCCCAAGUAGACUAAAACCCCACUAACUUGUCCACACUUUCAGACAGUAUUUACAGCUAAUUGUGGAUAUUAGAAUAUCAUUUAUGCCGAUAGCAAUAUUGAAUUUUUCAAAGCUUAAAAGUUUAUGCUGAUAAAGUAGUGCAAAGUACGGGCCCCAGAUGUACUGCAGGUGGGCUGCAAGAGAAAUAAAAUAAAUAAAUAUAUAUAUAUAUAUUUAAAGCACAUUUUAAAUGACCAAAAAUACUUCCUGAUAUCUAAUUGUAGUUCAGACCUAAAACUUCAGUUCUUGAAAUACAAUUUAAAAUUUGAGGAAGAGCAAAUGAAUACAUUUCAGUCCUUAAAACAGACUUUAAAGUGUGAGGAAUGAUGAUAAAUACAGAAAAGACUUCAGCUGAUGUUGGUCUCUCGGUCCAGCAUAGAAGAUCCACGAACUUAUUGAGAAGUAGAUUAUUAAAGCCAAAAUAUUAGUCACAAAUACUGGCAGAAAAUGUCAUACCUGCAAAUUCCGAUAAUUCACUUUUUAAGCGAGUGGUUCCCAAACUUUUCCUGCCGGGGUCCCCAUUGGUAGAUGAAAAUAUUCUCAGCCCCCCAGUUACCCCUCACCAUACAGAUCAACAUGUAAAAGAAUGCAAACAUACAGCAAAAAGGCUGUCAGUCAAGAUAUUUAAAAACAAAUAUAUAUAUAUUUUUAGAAUUUACUACAAAAUUUAACCUCAAAAUUUGGUAAUAACGACGACCACCCUCUUAAACAGAGUUGUAAGGAUCUGACUCUAAAGACGAACACUCUCGGUUAAAUUUCAUCGCCCAGCAUUUUUUGUCUUGAUUGAGGCAAAAGUAGAAAAACCAAUCUCACACAGGUAGGGCGUUGUAAAAGGGAAGAGUGUUGUCAGGGCUCUCCUGCUUAGCAGUAGGUACUCCUUUUCCUCUCCUAUCCAAAGUGUGGACUACAUCUUAGACUUGAACUGCCACUGCAUUGUUGAUUCUAAGGUGGUGUUGCUUAGCCUUGCUGCACCAUGCCUCCCCCGUCACUAUGCCAGGCCUCCCACUUUUGGAACCAGUGUUUUUAGCUAUUAUCUGCGGAUACAGCUAUGCUGAUAAUAUUGUGCAUCCCUACAACUGGUGUCAUGGUUUAACUGGUGUUGGAUUAACUGGUAACUCUUGGUUAAACAUUCUACUAUGCUGCUUGUAUGCCGUUUUUCAUAAUUUAUCAAUGAGACAUUAAAGACCCUGUAAAGUGAAAAUAUAUCUGUAUUUAGGUUUGUUGUAUGAUAGAUCACUGUGUUAUGAACCCCCAGGCAAAAUUUCAGUACAAUAAAACCUGUUUAAGUUUAUAAAAUUACACUUCAAAAUCAUGAAAAAUGAGGCCGUAAAGUCUGCUCCAGGAUGGGUGUGUCUGUUGAAUGAACUGAAGCCACGCCCACUCAGGAGAAAUACAUUAGCCCGCCCCUUGACUUUACAAUGACCUUAUGAUCAGAGCACAGCUGCCUG